AAGUAUAAAGGUUCAAGAAACAAGAAAAGCAGUAGUCGAGAUAUCAGCAAUUGUAUUUGAAAUAUAACGAUUUACUAGAUAGUUUAAAAAUUUUCACAGCGUCCGAGGCGCCUCGCGCGUCAAAUGCGCUACACUGACUGUAUUGUAACAUUUAUAUUUUAACUUCAAUUUACAUUUCUUCAACGGGGACUUUAAUAUGUCGAAGGAGCCGGAUAAAACUUCUGAGAGAGAAAACUCAGUUUUUGCUGAUGAUGUGGACUCUGACCCAGCGUCUUCUCCAUCAAUAUGCGGCGAACAGGGAUCCCAGGCACACAAGCCGGACAGCGAGGACGAUGAGCGCUUCCCCCCGUGUAUACGAGAUGCGGUGUCGCAGGUGCUUAAAGGCUACGACUGGUCACUGGUUCCGAUGCCUAUGCAGGGCAACAGGUCUUUGAAAGACAAGCCUCAUGUGAAGAGACCCAUGAACGCGUUUAUGGUGUGGGCUCAGGCUGCGCGCAGAAAACUGGCAGAUCAGUAUCCGCAUCUCCAUAACGCAGAACUCAGCAAGACUCUGGGCAAGUUGUGGAGGCUGCUUUCUGAGAGCGAAAAGAGACCUUUUGUGGAAGAGGCAGAGAGACUGCGGCUCCAGCACAAGAAAGACUAUCCGGAUUAUAAGUACCAGCCUCGGAGGAGAAAAAGCCUGAAGCCAGAUCAAGGUGAGCUGGACAAGGGAGUUGAGAAGAAUCAUAACACUUCGGAUCAAAUAUACAAGGCAGAACCGGGUAUGAGAGGCAUUCACCAUCAACCGCUCCAUGGUGUACAACCACAUGGCCCUCCCACACCGCCCACAACCCCGAAGGCCGAUCAACACCAAGGCACGAAACUGGAGUCCCGGCUUACAUCAGAGAGCGCGAGACAGAACAUCGAUUUUUGCAAUGUGGACAUAUCAGAGCUCAGCAGUGACGUCAUAGGCAACAUAGGCACUUUCGACGUCCAUGAGUUCGAUCAAUACCUGCCGUUAAACGGCCACACAGUGGUUAACACAGACAACAACAGCGGGCAGCACUCCAGUUCUGGCUGUUUCAGUACAUCCUAUCAACAUCACCAUCACCACAGUAAUGUUUCAAUGUGGAACAAGAGCUCAAACAGUACAAAUGAGUCAAGCCAACAAAGGCCGCUCAUUAAAACAGAACAAUUAAGUCCCUCUCAUUACAGAGAGUCUCACGGGUCACCGACCCAGUUUGAACUGGGCUCAUCCUCCGUCUCCAGUUCCCUCAGCGAAUGUCCUGACCUGCAGAACUCCAGUUACUUUACUACAUUCUCCGGGUACCCAACCAGCAUUUAUCAGCAUCCAUAUUUCCAUUCGUCCAGACGACCCUAUGUGACUCCCAUUCUGAACAGUUUGUCAAGUCCUUCUCACAGUCCUGGUGAAAGUUGGGAACAGCCCGUUUACACAAAUUUAACUCGACCAUGAUGUGAUUUUGCCCUUGAAAUAAACCCAGUUUAGGUGUUAUUUGAGAUUGCUCAGACCUCUUCUGACACAUAUUUGGCGUUCGAACAUACCUAAUGUCCUAAAAUGCUGUCUGGGUAGGUGGCUCACUAGGUUUUGAAUUACAUCGUAUUUGUGAUCCUGGAGAGUCAGAAGCCAGAGUCUGUGUCUAUACAAGAGGUUUAUGGAUAAAAGUUUUAUGCUGUCAUUUCAUAGUCUUUUUAGGUGGUUUUCUAGACCUUUGGUUUUUCUGUAACCAUCAUUUUUCAACAUUAUUUUGUGUUUAUACUUUGGUGUGUAUGGCACAAUACAGAAACAGUAUAAUAUAAUAAGUAAAAGCCAACUGACAUCAAACUCUGCCAAUACAUAAUUUUAACGCAAUUAUGCAUGUUCUUCAUGCUAAAAUCCUUUUAAAUCUAAAUUUGCAAUACUGUCUGAUGUUUAAAGGUUUAAGUGUAAAUACUGUGUGUGUGUGUGUGUGUGUGUGUGUGUGUGUGUGUGUGUGUGUGUGUGUGUGUGUGUGUGUGUGUGUGUGUGUGUGUGUGUGAGCGUGUAUUUAUCACUUUGUGGGGACCAAAUGUCCCCAUAAGGAUAGUAAAACCCGAAAUGUUUGACCUUGUGGGGACAUUUUGUCAGUCCCCAUGAGGAAAACAGCUUAUUAAUCAUACUAAAUUAUGUUUUUUGAAAAUGUAAAAAUGCAGAAUGUUUUCUGUGAGGGUUAGGUUUAGGGGAUAGAAUAUAAAGUUUGUAAAGUAUAAAAACCAUUAUGUCUAUGGAAAGUCCCCAUAAAACAUGUAAACCAAACAUGUGUGUGUGUGUGUGUGUGUGUGUGUAUGUGUGUGUGUGUGUGUGUAUAUAUAUACAACCCCAAUUCACCAAGCUGGGACAGUAUGGAUAAUGCUAAUACAAACAAAAAGGAGUGAUUUGUAACUUUUAUUCGCCCUGGGCUAUGUUGAAAGCAGCACAUUAUUUGAUGUUGUACAUUGUGAAUGUAAUUUUUUAUUUUUUUAAAUAUUCAAAUCAGAUGAUUGCAUAUAUAUACAUACUUAAAUAAUAUUAGGAAUAUUUAUAUUACUUAUUAUAAGUAAUAUUUAAGUUAAUUUAAUAUUAAGAGAUUUGACAUAUCAUCUGGAGUACAGGCCAAAGCCUUUACAAAGCUUGAAAACAAAAGGAGAGAAACAACAAGUGAGGGCAAGAAAAGAGAGAGAGCUAAUUCCUAAUGACAGCGCUUCUCAAAGGGCUCUUUGUUUUGAUUAUAAAAGAGGCAUUAAUGUUGAGAGAGGGGAAAUAGUGCCACAAAACAAAUCAGAAAAUCAUUAGCACUGUUGUUACAUGAAAAAAGUACACAAGAACAGACACUACCCUUUGCUAUCUGGGUAAAUGGCAACAAAAGCAGCAGCAGGCACAAAAUGCAUUAACUGUGUGCAAGAUAACUGAAUACGAUCUUCAUGCUGUGGAAAUGAGCCAGUGAUUCCAAAACAGAUGGGUAUGGGUGGACUAGGACUACUUUUCUUUCGAUUGCAUUUAAUUACAUGGAGGAUUUUGAAAUCACAAUCCACAAUUGAAUUAGUGUUGACAUACAACUUGCAUCAUUUUGCCUGCUGACAUUAACGGAUCUUAAAUCUCGAGUUAUGAUUAGUAAGCAGUAAGCACUACAAGAUGUUCUGUCUCUUACCAUUUCAAUUAAUGUAAAAUUUAACACAAUUCUAACUCUUACAAAUUUAUC